GCUAAGCUGAUGGGUCUGCUAGUAGAUCAGAAUAACAAAAACUGAUUCAGACCCACUUGGAGCAGCGGUAUCCUCAUUACAAUUACAAUUAAUACUGCAAUUUAAAAGUGCGCACUGCAGACAGUUCCUAGCUCGCUCUCACUCACUCCCACCCACUUCCUACUCACCCGCCACGAUACAAUGGCAGAUUCUACCUGGGAUAGCAUAGAAGCGUAUCUGCGGGCCUCCAGCCCAGACGACGGCCAAUACAAUGGAGAAGAUUGCCAGGCCGCAAUCCAGGGGUCGCGAAUUCCAGAGAUAUUAGACGAGGAGGCUCACCGACUGUGCACUAUUCGCGGUAUACGGCAUCAUUAUGGCUUUGCCCAGGAGCUCCGUGGAGUCUCGUCUGACUUCACGCGCGCCCUGAAUGCCCGGGAUAUCAUGAGCGGCAUUAUCCCAACCAUGUUAACGCCUGAGGAGGUGCCCUACUGUUUUUGGUAUCCAGAUAUUCCAACAGAGGAGACUCUCCGGGCUUUGGUACAGAGAUAUCCAGAUAUGGUGUACCAAGCUGCUCGGGCCUGUGCUGCUGCCGGAUACUUUGAUCUGUAUAAAGAGCUGGACGUUCUCCCCGAGGUGCAUGUUGCAGAAGAAGCUGGGUACGCAGCUGCUCAAAGGAACAGCAAGGGCAGCCAGCAGAUUUAUAGCCUUAUUAUCUCCGAACCCAUUAAAUUCGACAUCAUGAACGACUAUACGCGUACGGUUGAUACUGCCGGCCGUCGAAUUGCAUUUCUCAACGGUGACACCGCUGUUUUCGCGAGUCUUACAAUUCGCACGAAGCACUCUGGUCCUCGCGAUAUUAACCGAGCCCAUAUGCCAUGGACACCAUAUCAGAAGCAGCCCCCUUACUUUAAUAUUACCGAAGACUGGGGAAUCGAUGACCAUGACUGCGAGGGUCCUAACCCCGAGACACCAGAGGACUACUUCCCGCUGGUGUAUACACCACUGCCUGCGGAUCUCCCAUUGAUCAACAAGGACAAACUUAUCCAAGUUGCUGCAUAUAAUGGCGAGAUUGAUCGCUAUGCACGGCUUCGACGACCACAGAUGCUUGAAGAUGAAUGGGCCAUGGUUGUACAUGGUAUCUACCAUCAUCCAGCCUUCGCUAAAUGGUGGGGUACACAGAUCCCUGAACACCCGCAAAAGAAAGACGAGAUUAAGAUUAGGCGUGCGAUUAAUGCCCGCCGCAUCAUGUCUGAUGAUCUUACUUGGCUCACUGUGGAUGCUCCUGGGGGAUUCCUACCGGACCUUAUUUGGUAUCCAAAUGUCGCUCACUGCAUGACCUAUGAGAAACUGGCACAUAAAAGACCAACCAUGAUUGAGGAUUGCCUAAGAGCCUGCAUAGUUGCAAACUAUACAUGGACGUGGGAUGCCGUGCUACUCGCUGCGCCUGAACUUCUCAAGGACAUACACUUCCCUGCCGCUUUGAGCUUGCCUGAACCUGACGAUCCCAAGUUGUGGUGGCUAUCUAAGCAUGCAUCAUACGGCUUGUGGCACGAAGCCAGCCAUUCAUCCAACAAGAAGUUCCAAAACGACAUCUGCGCAGCGGUUCCUGAUGCCGCGGAGAGAUUUAAGGUGGCGCAUCCGAACAGCGACUGGUGGGGGGACUACUACGCGGCGUCAAAUCUGUACUCUCCAAAAACACGGAGCCCGAUCGUGAGGCUCCAUGACCCCGUCGAACCAGGAGCACGCGAAGAAGGUCCAUACAAUGGAAUGGACUGCGGCGUUGGUGAUUAUGAUAUUGCUUUGUUCCUUGGUUGCGCCGUCUCGCGAGAGACCUGGAAGACAGAAAUGCUAGAUAAGGAAAUCCCGACGGCCAGUCUGGAGGAAGUUUUCGACUUAUUAGACAUGGAAGAAGUUAAAUAGUUGCUAUUCUGAGAAAUGUCAACCUGGGAAGUUCAAAAACUUGAUACUGAAUACACACUACAUUUCACACCUCCACGUACAAGUCUCUCCCUCUGACGCUCAACACUCGGUGAUCAUCUGCUUUGCAUCUUGGACUGCCUGGAUAUUCAACCGGUGACCGUCCUGAUUAUUUUUCCAAGGGUCUAUGAAUUCCUUUCUCACGUUCACCUCCUUGCCAGCGGCGUUGAGUGAGUCCUGUGCGGCGUCCGGAUUGCAGGAGAUCCACCCCUCGGUGGCUCCUGGGGGAAUUACUUUUUGCUCCCUGACCAGUCCCUCGUCAACCAAAGGGGCAUUCUUCUUGAUUUUUCCGUUUCUGUUCUUUGGCUGCUUGUCCCAAACCUCUCGAUCGUAUUUCCUGCGAAUCUCAACUCCUACAUCCCGGAGACCGCUUGCUAUACGCCCCGUCUGGACUCGGCUUCGGGCCCUUUCAGCCUGAUCGAACAAUUCUUGGGCGGGCUUG